AUGGCUAGUAUACAGGCUAUCCGGGCUAAUUGCCGCAAGGUAAUGUGUAUAGGCAGAAACUAUGCCGAUCACAUCAAAGAGCUCUCGAGUGCAACCCCUAAGCAGCCUUUCUUCUUCCUUAAGCCCCCAUCGUCCAUACUGCUUCCUGGCGCGGGGCCUGUACUACGACCCCGGGGUGUGAUCAUGCACUACGAGGUUGAGCUGGGCCUCGUCAUGGGCAAAACAAUUCGGGAUCUCCAUCCAGAGGAUACCAAAGGCGCUAUGGAUGCCAUUGAAGGCUACAUUCUCGCUAUUGAUAUGACGGCGCGCAACGUGCAAGAAGAAGCCAAGAAGAAAGGCCUCCCCUGGUCCAUCGCAAAAGGAUUUGAUACCUUCAUGCCUAUCAGUAACUUCAUCGCCAAGAACCGGAUCCCAAACCCACAGAAUGCCCAUCUUUGGCUUACCGUCAACAACGAGAUGAAGCAGUCUGACAAUACCGAACUAAUGCUCUUCCGAAUUCCACGACAACUGAGCGACAUUAGCAGAGUAAUGACACUGGAAAAGGGUGACAUUGUCCUUACAGGUACGCCAAAGGGUGUAGGCCCAGUAAAGACUGGUGAUAUCAUGCGUGCGGGUCUCAAAGUUGAUGGAAAGGAUAUCGAAGAGGCCAACAUGGAAGUUCCAGUUGCAGAUAGAGAGGGCCUGUAUGAGUUCAAGGAGACCUAG